AUGGUAGCUGCAGUUAUUUUACUGGUAGGGUAUUUUCUGACAACAGUGGCAUAUGUUCGUAUUUACAAAGUCGUCAAAUAUCACCAGAAUCAGAUAUACAGUCAAAAUCAGCUUCAAAAUGCACAAACAAGGGAGGCACUCAGACACAGGAAGUCCGCUUAUAAUGCUUUAUUUGUCUAUUUUGUUUUUCUAGUUUGUUGUCUUCCUUUUUUGCCUUCUGUAAUAUUGUACUUGAUUAAUACUUCUGAAAUUUCGUUUCUCAUAGCCAAAUGUGCGUCGUUAUUCUUAAUUUGCCUGAAUUCAACAUUAAAUCCAAUUGUUUAUUGUUGGCGGUACCGAGAGAUUCGCCAAAUUGUAAAAAGCACAAUGAAGAAAAUACUUCGUUUGGACGAAAAUAUGACCUGAGGAUGCGAAGUUCUACGAGACGAAAUUUAGUGAGAACGAGCAAUUCUAGAAGGAAACUGGGACGAGUUAACUUUCGCAAAGACUGUUACUAGGGACUGUUACUAGGGACAAGGGAAAAAUGACCAAAAAUGACCGCGCUGAUGGGCGCCUCCCCACCUGAGUAACAAUCCCAGAAAAAAUUGAGGGAAAUAUUUCGGCCCAAAUCGUUUUAAAAGUGGCGAAUGGACUUGCUAAGCCCAAAGACCAAGGAAAGGUGUUGUAGACGGAAGAAAAUUGGUCGCUACAAUUGGAAUUGGUCUCUCAAUAGAGAACCUGAAAGCAGACACCUUUGAACUAAAUUCUGUCUACGACUUCCACGAAAUGUAAUGGACUUACAGCGCAAAAAAAAAAACAUAUGCAAGAGAAUUUCAAUUCAGCAUUUUAAACAUUGGGAUGCAAGGCGAUUUUUGUAAUAACUAACUACCUAAGAUUGAAUUCUUCAAAACACGAUCUGGUCUCUCCCAAUUGCGAAAAAAGAAGACAGCUUUAGGGCACCUACUUAAUGAAACUCAGUUCCCUUUUUCAUCGUCAACGAACAUCUUAAAGAGAAAAAAUUAAUAGGAUUUCCCCCUUUUAUGGACAAAACUGUGUUUGCUAUGGCUCAAGAACCUUAACGCUUACAAGCGUCAUUGUACCGAUUCUUGCAAAGAAUAAGUAACAAUGUGACAAAAUGGCCAUUGUUCAAGCUGUAAUAGAUUUCCAUCCAAGCAAUCGACAGCCAAAGUAGUAGCUUACAACUGACUGUAUGUGUCCAUUGAAAGAGUGAAGUCUCUCUUCCGCUUGGCCAUGAGAGAUCUGGGUACGAGAGAAGACGCGCCCUACGGCUUGUCGUAAGCCUACAGCGGAAGUUGCAAUGUUGAGGAUCUAUAGAGACGAACACAUAUACUCGUUCGCAUUCGAAAAUAGUUUACAAAUAAGCAAGGUCAUUCGCUGUGCGCUAGUCAAUUCAGAAAAACCGUCGCAAGUCUACAUUUGAGACAAAUCUCAAAGAAAGACGAAGGAAGACGAAAACAGUCCAUAAUGUUAGGCUCCAGUCCAGUUAUAAAAACCUCACCGACUUGCAAGAUUAAAAAGCCUCGCUGACUGGACGUCACCUUACUAACUACUACUGAAACAGGUGCUAAACGUUUUAAAACUGAAGUAUUGUGUCAAAAUGCUUAAAAUUUUAAAUAAAAAAAUAGAACUAAACAAAAUCCAUCUGUAUUUUAUCAUGUUUCAAAAAUUUUGCUGAACGGUUAAAUUUAGAGGAAAAGCUCGCCCUUUUAACGUUUUAGAAUAAAUUAAAGUUCUUUUUCCUAUAACGAGCAUUUGCAAUUUCAAAAACAAUUGGUUCUUCUUAGCAGGCCAUAGCACACAUGUCAAUUAUGGACAAAGAGGUAAUUGGAACUUUAUGGAAAGGACUAUAUAUCGGGUGUCCUGAUUUCAAUACUAGUGUUGCAAAACCUUCCCCUUGAAACUUUUUCUGGGUUCGCCUUGUUUUAUACAAUUUGAUUCGGUGUUUCAGCCCUUAAAAAUCUAAACCAACAAUAACAGUGAAUUUCUUUUUGCACUCUACAUAUAUCAUUAAGUCUAAGGCUUUAGUUAAUAAACCGGCUUUAUUACGCGCUACAGCAGGUGGCCGAUGUGGAAAGUAGCUAAUAAACGGAUGGGUAAUCAAUGUAGAUAUCAGUUUUAACCACGAAAAAUACAUGCAUAUUGUAUAUAUACAAGUAAACCUAUGGCUGAACAGACCUGCACCCACUUUCUGGAUUUUUCCGUUAAACUGGUUUCCUACAGGAGAAGUUUCUUCCUUGGUUUCUGUGUUUUAAACUAUGUAUUUUCCCUCGUGGCGACUCUAGGAAAUCUCUUAGUCAUCCGGGCCUUAAUGAAGAACUCAACGAUACCAGCCACCGUCAAGAAGCUGUUCCUAAGUCUGGCUUUCUCAGAUCUUGCAGUUGGAUUGUUACCGCAGCUAAUGUUCGCCGUUAUCAGUGCCGUAAUGUUGAAGAUGGCAUCAAGUAGAGACGACUUAGCCUUCUUUUGUCCAACAGUCUUGAUUGUCCAUUUAUAUUUUCAGAAUCUUCUCGCCUUUGCGUCUUUCCUGAAUGUUAUUGUCAUUGCAUUUGAUAGACUUCUCGCUGUUUCGCUCUAUCUACGAUAUCAGGAGCUUGUCACGCCCAUACGUGUUACAAUAUUGUUGGUGUCUUUAUGGUUAACAACUUGUGUCUCUGCCUUCCUAGUUAUUUCCCUUCUGAAAGGAAUUGCAAUGGCAGUUGCGGUUAUUUCCGUUAUAGGAUAUUUUCUGACAACCUUGGCGUAUGUUCGUAUUUACAAAGUUGUCAGAUAUCAUCAGAAUCAGAUAUACAGUCAAAAUCAGCUUCAAAAUGCCCAAACAAGAGAGGCACACAAACGAAGAAAAUCCGCCUAUAAUAGUUUAUUUGUCUCUGUAGUUUUCUUAGCUUGUCAUCUUCCUUUUUUGCCCAGUACAAUGUUGUAUUGGACAAACACUUCUGAAAUUUCAUUUCUCGUAGCUUAUUUUGCGUCGAUAUUCUUGAUUUACCUGAAUUCAUCAUUAAAUCCUUUUGUUUAUUGUUGGCGGUACCCAGAGAUUCGCCAAAGUGUAAAAAGCACAGUAAAGCAACUAUUUCACAUGAACGAGAACAUGUCAUCGGGAAGGAAUUUGAGCUCUGGAUAGUUUGAACUGACAGUCUUUUCAGUGUCUUUGCGAAGUCUGGAAAACGAACUUUAGUAAGAAAAAUAAUGGACUUGCUUUACGCCAAAAGAAAAUCAAAAAUGUAAAACGAAAAAGAAUAGUCUAUUAAAAAAUGGAAAUGGUGUUGAGAAAUUGGGAAAUGACACAUGACUAGUAAAGUGGUCACCGUUAUAACUUUCACAAAUUUAUCACAGGAACAAAGUUAUGAGGAUCUUGUCAUGUGAUGGUCUAACUUUGCUUAGCCCUUUCAGCCCUAAGAUUGAUCAGCAUCAAAGUUCUCCUUGUAAUACCUAUACUUUAGAAAACGGAGCGGUCAUGAGAAUUAUGGACAUGAUCACACAGAUUCUUUAACAACUUCUCCCAACUACUAUUAUAGGAAAUGUAUAAAGACAACAAAUGUGAAUUUGAAAAUAGACAUUACAAUUUAAAGGGUUAAUAUGUGACAAGUAUAAUUCUUGCAAAAAAUGGUUUUAGAUCUUCGUCGAGAGAAAGCAUUUCAAAUUCCACUGACUGAUGUCGGAGACACAAGAACAUGACGAACGUGUCACUUUCAAGAUGCGUAUUAUUUUAUUCUGGGCAAUCGAGAGCGAAAGACAGUUCCAAAUUUAUACACUGGAAUCCUGAUUUUUGUGCAUUUAGUGGGGAAGAGUUUACAAACGAGCAAGGUUAUUGGGCUCACUGUGCGCUAGUCCAUUCGGACUACAUAACACCGUCGUAAGUCCCCAGUUGAGGCUAAUUACUUUCCAGUCCUUUUUUAAAAACAUCACUGGCUUUGAAGACUCAAAAGCCUCGAUGACGACACCUCGAACUAAGGAACAAGUGCUAAAUUUUUCAAACUGAAAGACUGCUUAAAAGUUUAAAUGAAAGAAUAGAAUUAAACAAAACAAAAUCAUUAUUUUACUAUGUGUAAAUCAUUUGCUGGUCGGAUCAGUUUAGAAAAAAACUCGCUCUUUCAACGUUUUCCAAUGAUUUAACGUUCUAUUUUUCUACCGAUCGUUUUCAAUUAAACAAGCGGUUCCUCUUAGCAGAGAGUAGCUCACAUGUCAAUUAUGGACAGAGAGGUAAUUGGAAAUUGAUGGAAAAGGACUAUAUAUUACGGUGUUUAAUUGCUUUGUUUUUAAUACUAAUGUCGCAAAGCCUUCCCCUUGCAUCGUUUUCUGAGUUGGCCUGGUUUACAAUUUGAUUCGGUUUUUCAAACCUUAAAAUUUUGUACCAACAAUAAGAAUUUCUGUUCGCACUGUAACUAUAAACAUUGAGUCUAAAGCUCUAGUUAAUGAACCGACUAUAUAACGUUCACAGCAGAUGGCUAUUUUGAAAGGUACCUAAUUAACCGAGGGGGUAAUUAAUGUGGAUAUGUUACCAAAAUGAAAAACUCAUCUAUAUAAUUUGACAAGUUAAACCAUGGCUGAACAGUACUGCAGUCAAAUGCUUGAUUCCUUUUUAAAACUUGUUCACCACAGCAGAUCUUCCAUCCCUGCUUUCUGUGUUUCACACUUUACAUUUUCCCUCGUGGCGACUCUUGGAAAUCUUUUAGUUAUCCGCGCUUUAAUAAAAGCCUAA